AGGACGCAGCGCGGUGGUCUUUCCCGUUCCGGUGGGCGCUGACCUUGCCCGGGAGCGGAGCCGCCCGUUCGCCCCUGUCUCUCUCGGAGCCGCGGCCCGCAGCCAUGGUGGCGUACUGGCGGCAGGCCGGGCUCAGUUACAUCCGGUAUUCCCAGAUCUGCGCCCAGGUUGUGAGAGCGGCAAUGAAGCCUCAGUACAAAGCAGAGGCAGAGAGGGCGGCAAUGGCCACUGUGAAAACUGUGAAACCCAAGAAGGAAUAAAACGAACUGAUCUGUGGUGAAUACUCUCAACAGCAAAGCUAUAGGCAAGCUCAAGACUCUGCAAUAUAAUGUAAUCACAUUAACUGUAAAACUUGCCUCUUUAUGUAAAUCAGCAUGCCAAUAAAUGUAAUUUCUGUUAAACAAA